GUCUUGUCGAGAUUCGGAGUGAAAUUCGCGUUUUAUUAUUAUUUUUAUUAUUUUUUUUAAUCGUCGCUUUGUCUAAUUUACGACGUUUUGUUUUUCUCUCUGUUGAGAACCCCCCAACUGAAUCGACGCGUGGCUAGGGCCGUGUCGAAAUCGGCGUGUUUUGUUUGUGGUAAAAUAUCGUGAGGAGGAGAGCUGUGAUGCAGGGGGUGGCUACGAGGAGGCUAUCGGCUGAGUUGCUUUUAUUCCUCGGCAGCGGUCAUCAUCAUCAUCUUCUUAUCCCCUGUGGAUGGAGGUCGCGUUCCUCUCGCGAUCCUGCCGUGUAACGAUGCAGCCCUCUCACCUGCACGCGAGCUGCUGUUUCCAUCGUUCCAUCUCCCCCGUGGAUGUCCUCCCGGAGGCGUUCCCGUUCCUUGGCGGCGCUCGCUGGCUUUUAUUCAGGCAACACGAGCGCACAAGCAAGCGUUGAUGCCUGCUGAGUGGCGGUACCAACAGCAGCAGAAGCAAGGAAGGCUUCGCCCCCGGAACCGGCCAUUGUGUUCCUCUCAUCCUGGGGGUUCAGCCGCUGUCAUCAGAGCCGCUGCUGCCCGGCCGAUGGACAAGGACGCGAGCGCUGGUGGUGGUGGUGGGACCUCUGGAACAGCCAGCUGCGUUCCUGCUACUGCUGCUGCUGCUGUUCCGGCUGCCGGGGCAGGUGGCGCCGUUGCCACGGCGACCAACGGUGCCGCCGCUGCUGCUGCCAAUGGGACGGCGGCGGCAGUCGGGGUGGGGGCGGCACGGUCGGCACAGAUCUCGGUGUACGGCGGCCUGACUGACCGGCAGACGGUGCAGGUGAUUCAGCAGGCCCUGCACGGGCAACCGUCGGCAGCUCAGUACCUGCAGAGGAUGUACGCCGCCCAGCAGCAGCACCUCAUGCUGCAGACUGCUGCAUUGCAGCAACAGCAGCAGCAACAACAGCAACAACAACAGCAGCAGCAUCUAAGCAGCGCUCAGCUACAGAGUCUGGCGGCUGUGCAGCAGUCCUCUGCCAACUGCCCUCUCGACUACUCAACUCCGUGCCUUGCGCUGGCGAGUAUGGCUGCUGGUCGUCAAACAGCCACCAUGAAUGGCCCUAGCGCUGGGCAACAGGGUGGUGGUGGUGGUGGCAGUGGUGGUAGCGGUGGUGUCAGUGUCUCCCAGGCUUCCAUUAAUUUGACUCCGAACUCGGCCAUGAUUGGCCGGACUCAGGGCGUCUCCACGCAGCCCGUGAGCGGCCUUGCCCAGCAAGCUGUGCUCCUGGGCAACUCGGCCACACCCGGGCAGAUCAACCAGGCUCAGAUGUAUCUACGAGCGCAGAUGCUGAUCCUGACGCCAAGCGGCACCGUCACCACCCUGCAGCCAGAGACGACGGCAUCGCACUCGGCCCCCUCCACCGGCGCAGCGCAGUCAGUGGCUGCUCAGAACCUGGUGUCUCGCUCAGCGGGGCAGCCUCUGGGUCUGAGCGGCAUUGCUUCAUCUCAGAGCGUCCCUCUCAAGGCCAGCGGUGGCAACAACAUCAACAGCGGCGGAGGCGGCGGUGUCGGCGCUGGCACUGGUGGCAUGGGUGUGCCCCACCUGCCCGGCACCAACCAGGCUAAGUCUCCCAAAUCGGGUGGGCACACAGAGCUCAUGGGCGACUGUGGCAAGAAAGGAGACCUACAGGCAAACAUCAUGACUCAGCAGCAGCAGCAGCAGCAGCACGGCAUGAUGGGAAGCGGGGACGGGCGAGGGGGGACGGCACGCAUGGCGGCAGGCUCGGUGGCUGGGUCAGCGACAGCGGCUGGGUAUCCACUGCUGCCCAUCACUUCAGGAGGACCGCACUGGAUGCUCAACACCAAUGAUCGGGGAACGCUGCAUAUCAACUCGACUACCUAUACGUCAAUGCAGCAGCAACAGCAGCAUCACCUCAUUCAAACACAGCAACAGCAGCAGCACAAGCAGCUGCAACAGCAGCAGCUUCUUCAUGGACAGCAUUUGCAGCACAAACAGCAUCAGCAACAGCAGCAUCAGGCGACCAGUCACGUGUCACAGAGUGCUGCCACUACCACCACCACCACCGCCGCUGCUUCCGCCGUCUGUUCCCAUCAUGCAUUGCUUUCCCAGCAUGCACCGGUACAGGCCGGGCAGGUGGCGAUGGGAGUGGCUGGCACCGUCAGUCAGAGACAGCAGAGUGCCGUGAUGGGGGCCAGCGGAUCCCAUCUGCCCCCAGCGGCACAAGCGUAUGGAGCCACUCAGGUGGUGGGCGCAACAUCAUCAUCGUCGUCAUCGGCUUCCGGAGCGAACCACCUCGUCUCCCCGAGCUCCUGCGCGACCCCAUGCGCCCAGCCCCACUCGACGAUGACAGUAACGGCAGUGACAUCAUCAUCAUCGUCUGCUUCGUCGUCCUCCUCCUCGUUCACUUCCUCCGGCUCCUCCUCGGGAGUGACGACAUCCAGAAACACAGCGCACCCCUGCGUACACUCCUCUCCACGUGCCGCCCCUCCCACCUCGUCCACCUCAUCCACAACUGCCGUCGCCGCCACCUCGACGCUGCCGCCCCCACAGACGACGGCGGUGAACCUGCAGGUGGUGCAGGUGGGGACGGCUGGCUCUGGAGAGCCCCAAGGCCCCAAGGCAGGGGAAGUGAACGGGGAGCGGCGGGGUAGUCCCCCCGGUGAGGCGCGCCCAUCACGCCGGCCACACACGCCAUCCCCACCCUCUCUCUCACCGGCACCGCGGCCCGUGGAUGGACAGCCACACGCAGACAAAGUGGAGCCCAGCACCACCUCGACUCAGACGACCUCUGGAGCCAGCGGCGGGCCUAACGGGGUUACGGGUCAAGGGGUCAGCGGGUCGGAGAUCACGACCCCUGGCGGUCACCUGGGCGGUGGCGGCGGUGGUGGUGGAGGAGGAGGCGGCGGAGGUGGUGGAGGAGGAGGAGGAGGUGGUGGUGGUGGUGGAGGAGGAGAUGGAAGACCACCUCAGGCCAUUGUCAAACCUCAGAUUCUUACCCACGUCAUCGAGGGAUUUGUCAUCCAAGAAGGCUCGGAGCCAUUCCCCGUUGCGCGCAAGACCGUUAUCUCCGACAAGAAUGCCAAGAAGCCGCUCGCCCCUCGCUCAGGAUCGUCAGUGCCAGCAGCCGCUGUCGUUGCUGCUGCCACCAGACAGACACACGCAGUGCACGCGCACAUCCGCCACCAGCUGCAGCAGCUUCAUAUACAGACGCCCGCCGCCACUGCAGCUGCCGCAGCUGCAGCCGGGACUGAACAGCAGCGGGGGGGAGAAGGGCGUCGGUCAGAAAACAGUGACUCUGAUGGAGCGGAGGCGGGGAGAGAGCCCCCUCGAACCAUAGUCCACGAUCGUCUGCUGAAGUGCGAGUUUUGUGGGCGUGUGGAUUUCUACAACACCUUCAAGCGCUCCAAACGCUUCUGCUCCAUGGUCUGUGCCAAGCGGUAUAACGUCGGCUGCAGUAAGCGAAUUGGCUUGUUCAAGUCGGACGCCUCUAAGAAGAACAAGGUGGGGCGACCACGUAAGAACACUCGCAAGGCCGGAGGAGGGACCAGGUCCAAACUCAAGAGGUCAUUGGCCUGUCCCUCGGGCCUGAAGGACCAGGCUUUUGCCGGCAGCGACGAUGCCUCCAGCCCCGAGGAGCCCUUCUGCCCCCCGUCCACCCGCUCGUCAGCGACCACCAGACCAGAAUCGGGCGCCACAGCCAACGCAACCAACGCCACCAGCACCAGCAGCGCCAACGGCGGUCGUGACGCGGACUCGAGGCGGACGGCGGCGGCGGCGCAACUUGCGCCGCCGCCGCCGACGACGUCAUCGUCGACGACGACGUCUGCCACGCCGCGCCCGCCGUCCGAGCCCGGCGCCGCCCGGCCCCGCCCGGCCAAACGCCGGCGCCUCCACUCGCACCGGCACGGCGCUUCGGGGGUGCGCGACACGGCGCGGCAGCGGCUGGCGCGCAGCGUGCCGGUCACGCGGCGGACCAGCGCAGGCCCUCCCAACCCCGGCAGCGGAACCGUCGCUCCACCCGAGGGGGGGGGAGGAGGAGCGGUGGGAGCGAUGGGUGGCAGCCGCGUGAUGGGAGGAGGAGGAGGAGGAGCUGGAGGGGUGGUGUCUGGAGCUGUGGGAGUUGGAGGAGGGAGCAUGGGUUGUCUGCACGGGCAGCACAGGCACCACGGGCAGCAUGGGCAGCACGGGAGGGGAAGGGAAGUGAGGCAGCCGGGAGCUUGGAGCGUGCUCGAGGUGUGGGAGUUCAUCGGGCGGCUGCCGGGCUGCCAGGAGCUGGCAGACGAGUUCCGUCAGCAGGAGAUCGACGGGCAGGCCCUGCUGCUGCUCAAGGAGGAUCACCUCAUGUCGGCCAUGAACCUGAAGCUGGGGCCGGCACUCAAAGUCUGUGCCUGGAUCAAUCGCCUCAAGGAGUGCUGAGCCAACAACAUCUCCCCGUAUCCCAGUCUCUCCCCGCUGUCUCUGCCUUCCCAUCUCUCUGUGUGUCUCAGUUUCUUUGUGUGCCUGGCAAUAUCUUUCUCCAUCUUGCCUAUAUACAGUAAUAGCCCGGUUUAUCUCCCCCUUUUACGUCAUUUCGUAAAUUCAUCGUCACUUGUUAACACCGCUACCCGAUUUGCGUCGCCUCAACCAACACUGACAGCAUCGUCCGUCCUUUCUCGUAUCCGCCGCCUCGGCGUUUGCCUCCACCUACCCUGUAAAUUGCUUUGAUUUUCAUCGUUUCGAUAUUUGUCAUCACACCUUUCAGGAAAGCAUUCCUGACGUAAACAGGGUCAUUACUGUAUCUCUUUGGUUAUGCAUCUCAAUAUCCUCCAGACUUAUUAUCUCUAUCUCCUGGUCUCUGUAUCUUAAUAUGUUUAUUUAUAUAAUGUCCUUCUGUAUAAGUCUGUCACCAUCUGUAUCUCAAUCCAUUUUUGUAUUCCUCUGUCAUCGUGUAUUUAGAAUGUGAGUGGGUGUGUGAGUGCACGUGUCUUUGUGUGUCUGUCUCUUCAUCUCUCUAAAUCCCUCUCACUAUCUGCAUGUGUCUGGCGUGUUAUUGUCACACACGCUGCAUCGUUUGGGAAAUCGAACAUGAAUCGAUCUCCAGUCUGAGUGUGAAUCCCACUCUAGUCUGUGUCUAAAUUCCAUGCUAGUAAGUGUCCGAAUUUUACACUAAACUCUGUAUCCCAUAUCAGUGAUAUAUUACCAUUUUUAUUAUAUUUUUGAACGGUCGUUUAGUUGUUCUAUUCCACCACCAGCAGUAUGACUCGUCUGAGCUGCUUUGUGAGAGCGGCAGAAAGUUGCCGGCGCAAACUCCUCCACAAACAAGAACCCGGCAAAUCCCUCUUUCCUUCCUAAAAUGCAUCACAACCACCGUUCACCAAAUCAGAAAUCCGCGCGGGAGCUUUGCGAAUGGACUCUGCUGUACCGCUGAGCAAAGAAGACGGAACUGACUUUCAAGACGCAGAGGUUUCUAAAAAAUACGAAGUCAAAAUGACGUUGGAACGUACGAAACAACAACGGCCGCCAUCCAUGAUGGCUGCUGGUAGCACUGACCUUGGUCACGAAAAAUAGCGGCUGGGAAAUUUGCCGCUACUGCCGUUUGUUAAUUUUCGCGGCAAACGAGGGUGCUUCUUCAUGACGCUCCGCUCUGUCGUCGUUCGUAGGCGACCAGACAUUUUUUUAUUUCAAUAAGGCUUUGCGGAGUGUGGAAUUAACUUAAGGUGCUUUUUAAAAUAAUCUUUGCUGGUGUAAUCAUAAUGAUUCUGAGUAUUACAAUAAUCAUCAGUGCUUUAUUUAUCCAGGAAAGCCUUCACCGAGCCUCAAGACACCUUUUCCACUGGCACAUCUGAGCCAAGCCAUACACAGAUGGUUUUCCACUGGAUAUUUGCCAAUCCAGAACGAAACCGUGCUUCAACUGGCCUCACAAGACACCUCAAUCUGACUUGGGGCCAACAGGGCUCAGAACGAGGCCAAUAGUUUUCAUUAUACGCUGCGUCAGUUCACUACGCGCACCUUGACUCGUUCAUAUUGAGUGUGCCGUCCGUGGCACAGCAAUCAUUCAACCGCAGUGGAAAAAAAAAAAUCCACUUCUUGAUCCACGUAAGGCUGGCUCGGUACAGCCCCAGCGCGGCUCGGUUGUGCAGUGGAAAAAAAAACACCCCAGUUCUUGAUCCACGUAAGGCUGGCUCGGCACAGCCCCAGCGCGGCUCGGUUCAGGAUGUUUGGUCAAUUCUUACCUCUUUGCAUUCGUUUUUUUUAUUGUUUGAGUCGUCGGAGGAAACCGGAGUGCUUGGUUACAAAUAACUGAGUGCAACUGGAGAACACUCAAGUGCACACCGUGCUGUACUGCUCAGCAACCAACUUGCUCUGCUGCUUCCCAAGCUGUGGACUGCCUGUAGACUUGGAUAAGAGUGUGUGUGUGUGUGUGCGCUGUCAAGUUCGCGUCGUUUUGUCUAUAGAGCAAUGUAGAGCGUUGGCUGUUGUGAUAUGAAAACAAUGGUCUGUAAGGUGUCUCUGAAAACAAGUGUGUGCGUUGUACGCAGUGGUGGCGAGGAGUAAGCAAACCAAGCAACGUGUAGGUCCUUAAGUAGUUCAAGCAGCUCUGGAUUCGUGAGUAAUAGUAUGGAUGCAUCGUGUCGGCGUGUUACUAUCCAAUCGCUGUCAUCUCAUCACCUUUACGAAAGAAAAUGGAUGCUUAGCUACGUCUUGACUUUUGCGUGGCUUGGCUCUGGCGUAGGGUAACCAGACGAUCACAGAGCCAGGUAAAGGGGGGGGGGGGGCAUUGCAUUUUUGUGCUUGGUGUUAAUUGCCGAGGCUCGUAGAGUCAGACUAAUACAUUGGUAGGUUGCUUAGGGUUCAGUGUUAUUGCCUAUGGCUCAGAGCCAAACGAAUGCGCUCGUAAGAUUCAUAGGUUUGAGUGUUGAUGGCCAAGGCUGGCGGAGCCAGAAGAAGGCAGCAUUAUCAUUCUUAGGGUUCAGUGGUGCUUUCCAGAGCUCAGAGGGUCAGACCAAGGUUUCAGAGUCUCAGUGUCUGCAAUUGGUUUUGUUUGUCCCUCAAUGAAGCUCUUCUCCAUUCUGACACCAACAAUAAUUGCUGUAUUCUCUGGACUGUAAGACUUUUUUUUCCCAGUGCUCAUGAAGUAAUGCAGUGAUCCAUAUGUGGCCUCGCAUACAUGAUGUACACUAAUAUACUAACGUGCACUUGCAUAUGUAAGAGAUCCCCCACAUUUGUGUAACAGACUGUUGGGGUAAGUACUGUCGGCAUGCACCUAUGAAGGCCGGCAUGGAACAUGGUGGGGGGGAAGGGGGGGGAGUCGGUGGCCAGCACCACGCCCGGCCGCAUUUGUGACCCCGGUGCUGAUGUUUAUACACCGUUUCAGGUACAACAUGUAAGGCUGAGUCGACUUAGGGUAAAUAUUCACAACUCUUAUUGGCCUUGAGCAGGAAUCUGACUCGGGUCGCUUGGUUCGUAGCACGGUGCGCUAAACACUGCGCUACCUCUCCCCACUAGCAUACACACACACACACAAACUGAAGCUACUUUAGCUUUAAAAUACAGUGGGGGAAGGGGGGGGGAGUGCAUUUUAUAAUAUGGAGAAUGCGGUAUACGGUCAUCGAAAUUGGAGGGUGUUUGGAAAGUAAAAACAAACCAUUCCCCUUCAUGUGACUAAGCAAAAGGUAAUCGGGAAUUUGCGAUCAUUUAUCAGUGGGUUUUGUUUAGGUUGGUUAUCGUUGGUCUCAUUCCUUCCAAAGGGGGGUGGGGGUCUACAUCAUUAGCCAGCUGUACUUUGUUGCUCAUGAUGCUCUGUCAACGAUGGGGAUUGCACUUGCAGUCAUAUCCAGUAUAUAUACAAGCACAUAUCAGGCGGUCGAGUGGCCCAGGGGUCAGAAUACUGAGCCAGCGAUGCUGAGGAUACUGGCUCUGAAUCCAGGUUUUAGGCGCCCAUGAUUAAACUGGCUUCUUAAGCGUAAGGAGUUGAUGGUCCCAGCCAGGUCACCGAUGACUGCACAAAACAAACAUGUUGUGUUGAGUUUGUUACUUAAUGCUGCUUCUGGUGAAUUCGGUUUGAUUUCCAUGCGACAAGAACAAUUCCAUAGCAGCGCAUGUGAGGAUGCGCAGCAUCACUCGGCGUGGAUGAGAGGCAACUGUAGGGAUCUCAGAAAGUAUUUUUUUGGCGUCAACUUCCACAGGCUGUUCUUGAACAUGGCGGGAGAUGCUGCUUUCUUUAAGAGUGCCGAAUCGAUAUGUCUUCAUCGAAUUACGUGCCGUCAGUAAGCACAAUUGGAAUAUAUUCUAGAUUUGAAGCUUUCGUGACUGGAAUAUAAUUGGGGUGAGGGGGAUAGUUAAAUGUAAAUAAUUAAAAUCGAUACGUUCCCAAUUAAAAAUGUCGGAAUCUUUUUGAAGGCACUGCUUUUGUGUGCGCUAUAAUCAACGGCAAGUUCAUCUCUGCCCCCUCUGAAAAAUGGCAUUUGUACAGAAUGUUAUCUUACUCAUGCAAUCGGUGAUCCAAUUAGAUACCGCACUCGAGUGAUAUUCAGAAAUUGCAGAGAAAACGAUAUCGUAUUCGUCUCCCACCCAAUCUCAACAGACUUGCCAAUUAUCUUUAGGCACUUCCUCUGAUUUUGGGCCAUCGCUCUCCAAAUAUUCAGUCAGCCGUUGGGAAGGCGAGAUGGCCACUGGAAACAAGUUGGGGGUAUCUGUAAAUGGGUCGCCCUGUGUGUUUGUAAGCUCUUGUUGACGAUAGUUGUGAGUUUUUGCAGGUUAAUUAUACGCAUUUUCGUUCUACUCAAUCGUCUGUUGGGUGUUUGGGUGCUUCACGGUUUGUGAUGGGGUUCUGUUGUAAAAAAAAAAUUACUCCCGCGAUAAAACGUCCGAAUUAAUUUCAAAGACAUUUGGACCCAGAAUCUCCGUUCCAAAUGCUCGCUCAAUGGUGUUGCGGCAUCCCACGGUGCCUCGCAUGAAUACGCAGCGCGUGCAAGGCCUCUUAUCAAUCCCCUGCUGGUUGAAGGCAACUGCACAUGUCGCGUCGUCGUGGGUCCCGAGGGGCUUCUCCUUGACUAAACUUAACCACCUGCGGUCAGCGCUGCACUGCCGCUAAAAGCUGCGCUUGGCUACGUACAGUGCUAAAUACGAGUUCAGCCUACAUACGGCGCUGCUCAGCAUGCGGGGUCGGUGAAAGGAUGGAGGGCCACGACGGGUUCGGGUCCAGUUUGGAUAUCGCUCUCCACUCACGUUGGCCGUGGCCGUGUCUGGGUUUGUGGUGCAGUGUCGUUGCAGUAUUGCCGCAGGAAAGGAGAGGAACCACAACCCAAAGAGACUAGGCGGCUCUUGUACUUACAUGCACGUGCUGUGUAUAUCUUGGGCUGAGUAGUCCAGUGGUAAACAUUCCAAAUUUCCAUGCCUAUUCCAAUCCAUCCAUAGGGCGACCACUUUGUUGAGUAAUUUGCAUUCAUAUUUGGGCUGUGUGUAAAAUGACGCACGGUGCUGUUGUGUAAAAUGACGCACGGUACUGUUGUGGUUUCUGUAACACUUUUAUCACUUUUAUUCAAGCGUGUUCUGCAUUGGGAUUUUUGUCCAUUUGUUUUUAAUAUCCUGAAUUGUAUUACUACGUGUUGGAGGGGAAAGUCGGAGUAUCCGGAGACAACUCGAGGGUCCACAUAGACGGGUUCGUGAACCCACUUGUUGUAAUGCCUGCUGGCCAGCUCACAGCCAGGCGGGGUUUGUAAGCGUCACAACACGCAGCGCCUGUUUCUGGCUGAACCAACAACCUGGCCCUGUGAAGCGGUCCCUGUGCACUACCAGGCGUGGUUCGUAAUGCCAGCGACGUUUACAGAAGAUGGAUGGUAUUUGACGGCAGCUUUUCAAUUGUCGCCGUGCAGCCAGCGCCACGCGUGGACUUUAGCGAUGCAGCUGAGUCAACAGGGAAACGAAUCGCGCCACACGACAUUGUCAGCCGAGCCAAUUGGCUGCUUUCCGCUGUACCUGGGUAUGUUGUAUCUUUUGUCCGUCCAUUUGUCCGUCCAUCCGUCUGUAAAUUCGUCCGUCCAAUGACACGCUCCAGUGUGUUGUUACAACAAAAAUUAAUCGCUAGAAAAUUCACCACACCAGCUUUACCUAUAGCAGUCCCCGGAUCCUAUAGAGCUUUUGGGGGAAAGAUUGCAAUAGAAAUACUUUGAUAAACGGCGUUUUCAUUUCAGACUAAAGAUGUAGCAUCGCGACUGGUCCACACGGUCGACCGAAUCUCGCAAGCAAAUCACUCCCGAAACCACACAUGGUCGUAACUAAUUGCAGAGACGACCACGCAACCAGUCGCCCGGGCGUGGACCCGGCUGAACCCGCGCGUGCGUCCGUGUCUCCGUUUGUCCGCGCGUUUCCCUGUACGAUCGAAGCGUCCCCCCCCCCCCCCCCAACGAACUGGAAGGCUCCGUUAUUACGGACUGGCUUGCCCAGCUCGUAUUAAGGUUUUGGGAUGGCAAAGAACGUGGCCAUAACGGCUGUUAGUAGCGUUUUCUAGCAGUAGGCCUGGUGAGCAGCCUUUGUCGACCACACACUGUGACACAUGGGUGCGUACAAGUGAUGUCAAGUUAGUCGACUCGCUGGCAGUGGGUGCUGUGAACACGAGGGGUGGGGGAGUUAGUGGCCUGAUGUGUGUGAGGAGUGAAGAUGCAACGGAGGGCGGCUGUAUCCGUGCCAAGUAUAUAAUUGCAGUCUGUCGGAACGCGCACUAAAUGUCAAUGCUUUCGACCGUUCGUAGUCAUCGGGUUUGCGUGUUCGCUGAGUAGUGGACACGUCCGCUUGAAAAUGCAGAGCAAUCUGGAGAAGAGAGAAAUUUCUGGGAGAGAACCGAUUCUGACCAGGCUGGGCUCCCAGUGCCUUCUUCAAGCGAGCGGUUUGAGAAGCGUGACAAAGAAUUAAUUCGUCCCUGGCGGUAAUAAAGGCUUGGGAUAUCGAUGAUGCUGAUGACGACUGUGGUGAUAAUUGCUGUAGAACCAAGUGCCCUGCACUUUAAGGGGGGGAGGGGGCAUGUAGAAAAAUAAAUAACUCUGCUUUCAUCACUGCGUUGUGCCAGAUCACAGACUUUCCAAUCAGCCCUAAAGUCAUUUUACCUUUGCUCGUUUCCAAUACAUAAAUAAGCGGCGGUUUUGUUUUGACUUUUGUUUGGACCGCUGGGUUGGCGUGUGCGUGUUUUACAGAUAUGAAAACAAAAUGUUUCGCGUUUUUAAAAGGCUCCCAAGUCGUCGGGAGGUUUUUAGAAAGUUUUUUUUUUUCAGGGAAGAUUUGCUUUUACUAAAUCGUUUUUGUAAUAUUGUGAAUUUAACCGGAGGGUUUUUCUUCUUGUUGUACGUGCUCAUUCGUAACAGUUCUCUUGUGUUUAAAUAACGAUCGGUUUUCAUUCUUUUUCAAGUAUGCGUGUUUUCACCCCCGACUUGUUGCCGCGUGUUCUCGAUGCUCUGUCGGUUUGUGUGCGACUUGGUAAUCCAUAUGCAAAACAAACGAAACAUUAAAAAGGGAUUUACCCCCCGA